GGAAUAGCACAAGUGACUCUAGUGUUUGCCCAGAAGCGAUCCUGAUGCAUCCUUUUAUCUGUUUUAUGUUGGUCGUGAUGGCGACACAUUUCAGCGGAAUUGAGUCGUUCAAUCUCGGACGGAAUGUUUCCAUUUUGGUCAGCCGGGACGAUUCCCGGGAGUCGUCCAUCACCAGCAACGACGGGACUUUAAAAAAAGGAGACGUCAUUUUACAAGUGGAAGGACGGCAUUUAGUGAACCAAGAAGCCCACAAGAUAUUCGACGGGCCCAUGUUCAGACAAGUUGUGGAGCAAAACGGUUUCUCCAACGAAAUUCUGGGAUCUCAAAUCGCCAACUUUUUGGCGACGACUCAAAAGCCGCCCACCCAAUUAACCCAGAAAUUACACCCGACACCCACCGAAAACGACAACAGGAAAUCAACUGCUGAUGCUGGGCCGUUCGCUGGAAACCUUGAUGACAUUUCCUUCGAGGUCCGUGAUAUCAGCGUUCCGGUAAAUCCGGUUAUGCUAGCUGGAGGCCAGCAAGUAUCGACAAACAACGUCCACCAUUUCAAACAGUCGGACGAACGUGAGGACGACGACGACAAUUCAAACGAAGUCAGAUCGAGUAUCUCGGCCAGCAGCAACAGAGAUGGCAUCCAUUUGGACGCCACGGAUUUCCACAAACGCCCGCAAGGCGGAAUGCUGAUCCAGCCGGAAUCCGAGGAUUGGUUUCUCGUCAGGCAGUACAUGCACGACGAGCAAUUUCGAGGAGCUGGCAAAGAAUUGGCCAAAGAAUAUUUCUGGCAACCGGUUAAAGGCCCCAAGGGUUUAGAUUCCGAAUCAGAAGAAGACGAUUCAAACGAGUCCAGCUAAAUUAAUGAUGCGCCACACCUUCUUAAUUAUUAUUAUAAAUACGAACAGUGCCAUCGUGGUCAUUGCUCGACUCUCUCACCAUUCUCACUCCCGACCAAAGUCUAUACUACUCUGUAUAAUCUUAGACGCCCCUAUAAUUAUAUGAUUACGUACUGCAUGACGUCUAAAUUAAAAGAGUUCCGUUGUGUAAAUUACAGAUUUCCCUUUUUGACCGGUUGUACAUUUAUCACACAAAUACAGUCUUCAUGUCAUU